UCCAGCAGAUGAGUUGACUUCUUACUGCCUAACAUUCCCUGUCAGCAGAUAUUUACCUACAAUGGCCAACAACAUCACACACCUUAAUGUGUCUCUUGAUGAAGCCGAGGAGCAAAUGCUCCAAUCACAAGGCUUCAAGAAAAUCAAUGUAAAUCUGAACAAAGGGGCAGGAGGAAACGUUAUCUAUAUUUGGUACAAAAAAUUAAGCAACUCAGCCCCCAUCACCAGAGUUCAAGUUUCAUUCAAUGAUGAAAUGGCAGUAGGAUUGGCCGAGUCAGGUUACAAGAAGAUCCCUAAAGACCUAAAUGCUGGAGCAAAAGGUAAUCGUCUCUACCUUUGGUACUUCAGAGGCAACUCAAAGUACGAUACUCCCAUAGUGGACAUUGAUAUCACUACAGAUGCAGCAGGGGAAGCUCGCAAGUUUUGCCAUGGCUGGGAGAGACUGGUCUGUGAUCUGAACCGCAAUGUUGGAGGGAGCCGGAUCUAUGGCUGGGUGAAGAGAAAGACGCAAACGUACAUCUGUGAUGUCACUGCCACUGAUUGCUACACGUCAGACAGCGACUACUUUCAGGAAGGUUACAUCCGUAUGGAUGAAGAUACCAAUAGAGGUGCAGGGGGAGCCAUUGUCUUCAUCUGGUACCGCCAGACCACUAACCCCAAGACUGCACUCACGGAUCUGCAAAUCUCCACCAAUGGCACGGAGUAUCAGGAACUUCAGCAGCAGAAUUACACGGCAGUGAAUGUUAACCUCAACGAGGGGACCGGAGGUAACAAGGUGUACCUGUGGCACACGACAGAGGGAGACAACAAUCCCAUUGAGGGCAGCACCCUGCUUCUCAACCCAGCUGCUGUUCCACUGUAUGAGAAGGCUGGUGCCACUGUCGUCAAAAGAAACAUCAACGCAGGCAAUAAAGGCAGCACUGUGUACCUGUGUGUUAAUAAUGUUAAAGGCUGAGGAAGUUUUUCCACUCACUGAAGUGGGAAAGCACAGUCCAACAAUGUUGCUAAAUCAUUUUGGUGGUGGCCUCUUUAACUAUUUUCUCUUUUUGACAA